AUGACUCCACCUGACGUGAUUACAAAGACGUCUGAGCUGUCAAACAGCGCGGCGGGAGGCUAUGUGAGUGUCGAUCCAGCCACCACGCGUCACACCAAGUUUCCCAACAUCUUCGCCCUCGCCGCGGAAACGCCCAUUCUUGUGGCGAAUCUGCUCGAUGUCAUGAAGGGUGGCUCCGGAACCGUGGCCAAGGUCAGUGCUCGCACCCAUUUGAGUGCUUUCUAG